AUGUCCUUUCGCGCAAGACCUCCUUCUCCGACCAAUACCGCCUUUUCGGGCGUCUCAAACUACCGAUCAGAGUCUUACCGCACCCUGCGCGAUCCUCAACGACCAAACGGCAGCAUGGGAGGUGCAGGAGCAGAGCCAUUACCACAAACAGACGGCCAAAAGAUUGCAAAGGUCCAUUUCGACGAACUGCAGGCAUUUCUGUCGACACACAUCGCAAAGGAGGCCCCGAAUUCGCGUGCCAGCGCGCGCGAAAAGCUCACUAGGCUCACCCGACAACAGUUUCAAGAGCUGUCGACAGACGUAUAUGACGAACUGAUUCGACGAAAUGCCAAAUCAGAGACACCCCAUCUUCCGACUCGCGACGACUUUCAUCCGAAGCGGAACCAGGCCCGACAAAAGCUGUCGACACUUCCCAAAGCGCGUUUCAAAGACCUUGCGUCGGACGUUUACUUUGAACUCGGACGACGGUACCCCGAGUUUAAAGAGCCAGAGAUCCAGCCUGACACGCCCGAAUCGAAUUAUGACGACUAUGGCGGCGAAAAGGCAGUGAGCGGACGCCCUGUUCCGCAAGAUGGCUAUCGUACACGCUCGCCGGACAAUUCUAACAACAUGAGCAAUGGAAUCGGGAGGCUAGGCCAAGCCCGCGCGGAUCUGGGCCCCGCAAGACGGACGACACCGGAUCAAACAUAUGGUCGCCGUUCAGAGGACAAUCGACCGUUUGGACGCCAACCCUCUCAGGCAUCACGAAACGGUGCUGGGAACGAUGAUGGAGAGAGCACGUAUUCUGCGUCGAGACGACGACCGUCGAAUGGAUCCGAAGCGCAUGUUCCGCCAGGCCCCUCGACGGCAACAUCUGGCAUGGUGAUCCCCAAUAAAUCGACGAUUGCCGAAGAGGAGAUUCAGGUGCCUUAUGGACGCGACUCUCGGGCACCCCGAGAGUCGGAUAUUCGCGACUCUGUUGCCAGCGAUCUUUCAGCGGACAUUAAACUCGAUGACACACCUCCUCCGCCUAUGCAGAGAAAGGGGAGUGGAGGAAACAAUUUGGCUGCCUCGACGGCUGGGUUGGACGAGUCGAAAUGGGGCAGCUCGCCUGUUACACCAUUGCAAGGCGGUCUGAGCGCGUUGGCGGCUGGGUUAGGCAAGAACCGGAAUCGGAGUCCACCGAGUGAUGAAGAUGAUCGGACGGAUUUCUUUGAUACUUCAACGGUCGCCCGACGACCCACCUUUGGAGGUGUAGAUCGAGAGGAGACGGAGAAAAUGCGCAAGGAUUACGAGUACCGGAUCACAAACUUGCAAAGUAAAGUUGGGACGCUACAGGAUGAACUCGACAGAGUGAACAAGGAGAGGCAAAGCGACAAAGAGCGAAUACGCGAGUUGACCGACGAGAUUGCAUCUAUGAGAAGUAAAUCGGGCGAUACUUCGUCUGCCUUGCGAGACAUGGAACGUCGCCUGGCUGACGAGCGGUCCGAACGGGAGCGUGCAGAGCUUCAGAUGGUGGAAGCACACUCACAAGAGCUUCGCAAGCUACAACAGAGAUGUGAUGAACUGGAGAGGGACAAAGGGAGCGCGUCUGCCUUUGGGGACUCGGCGGGUAUUAUCGAGGACCUCAAAGCGGGCAUGGAAUCGCUGCUCGAAGAAGUCAAUGAGCUAGCAACUCGAAACGACCAGCUCAAUUCAGCCAAGGACGAGGAUGCAGCAAUGAUUCAGCAGCUAGAAGAACAAGUGGCCGAUUACAAGAAAAAGUAUGAAAAGGCAAAGACGGAACUCCGCGGCCUCAAAGCCACCUCGCAAUUAUUCUUGCAGAGACCGAGAAAUGAGGAUCAGCUUCCGACCUCGAGGACAGGCGCCAUCCAAGAUGUUCAUAUCACAGCCUUCCAAAGCGCUGCCGACGAAUUACUUUCGGCUGGCCGGUCUGAUGCUCCUUCGCGCGUCCUAACGCCGAUGAAGGCUGUCGUUGACGCAGUGUCGGCAAUUAUCGAGGAUGCACGUGCCUAUGACCUCGCGCAGCGGUCAAAGGACGAUACGCCAAUUGACUAUGCGACAAUCGAUAAUUUAUGCGAACGCACACAGGCGACAUUGAGUAAUUUGGUCACGGCCUCCAAGACCCAUGCCACCAGCUAUGGAUUGUCGCCCGUCAGUCUGCUCGACGCCGCAUUGAGCCACGUCUCUGCGAGCGUCACCGAGUUGGCAAAACUUCUCCUCGUCCGCCGGUCACCGCGGGAGACGGACGGCGCUUCGACAAACGGUAUGUCAAAUGGGCGUUAUGGCAAUAAUCUCACAGUGGGCAAUGCUCCCAAGCUCGUAAGGAUUGAAGAACCGAUGAGCCCCGACUACUCGGAACCGCCUUCAGCCGGUCGCGGCGAUUGGGCAGAGGUCAAGCCUUAUCUCGAAGCGCAGUCGGAGCAGCUCGUGCAGUCUAUCCAGGCCAUCUUGAAUGCCGUUCGCAACCCAUCACCCUCGGUCGAGCUCAACGACAAUGUGACCCAGAUUAUCACCAUUGUGUCGAGUAUUGUCGCCGUCUCGCGUGACAGUCUUCCCCAGUCGUCGUAUAGCCGUGGCCUCACAAUCCUCAAUACGCUGAGCGAGCACUGCAACAAGCUAAGCGAGACGCAAUCCGAACGCACGAUCUCAAAGGACGGACGACAGGUUCUGGCUCAGUCGAGCUUUGCUAUUGCGAGUGCCGUCAAGGAGUUGAUGAAGCUAUAG